GAGAGAUAGCUAUAAUAGAACUAGCUAGGACAAGUCUAUCAAGCCCGCCUCUGCGGGCCGUGUGCAUAAUGGAGACGUACAGCUAAGGUUCCUAUUACGAAGAUGUGCAAGAUAGGAACUAUUUGAGUUUCGCUUAAAUUUUGUGUUUUAAAUUUAUCAAGUUUCUCGGCGUAUCAAUAUCCUUAAACAAUAUAACCUUUCUAAUUUUCCAUGUUCGGGUGCGAAUUCUUUGAAAUUACAUGAUCACUGAACACUCGAAGGGUAACAUUACCCAAAACUGCACGUAAUUUAAGGUCAUGUCCGCAAAUUGCCCCUUUAAUAUUCCAGCCGUCAAAUUUUCACCAGAAUUCAAUAGACAGAUGUUUAAAUAAUUUUUAGACUUAAUUAAAAUCUACAUUAAUAUUUCUCACAGUAAUAUUCAUGACCUGGUGCAAGAUAAUUUAAGUACAUUAAUCUAAAUUUGUAGUAGGGACCACGUCUGGGAUUAACUGUAUUAAUACUUCGCCUUGUAAAUAAAAAGUAAAAUGGCGUUCCGUUGCAUUAAAGGCAACCAAAAUUAUUCUGCAUCAAUUCUGCAAAAAACAUAAAUACGUCUUGAGCAUCGAAUAUAUUUCCUAAAAUAACACUCAAAUAAUUAUGCAUAAUUAGAAUAUCAUAUUUAAGCUACACUAUAAUUAUCACAUUAUCACAUAAAGCAUGUGAGACACCGCCGUAUGGUUGAGCAUUGGACGCACAAUAAAAAGGAACUGAGAAUCUUGAGGACCAAUAACAAAAUGGUGAGCUGCUUACCGCGCGAAAUGUUUGUAAACAUUGCUUGUUGGAUCAGCAGACAAAAUUGUCAGUCUCCCGAAAUUCAUUAGAAACAAUGGGUUCCGUUUGCUUGCUGGAUCAGCAGACAAAAUUGUCAGUCUCCCAAAUUUCCUUACAAACGAUGGGUCCUGUUUGCUUGCUAACUUACAUAUCAUGCCACACCUCACGAAGAGAGCCGUCAGCGAUUCCCCACUCCCACUUGGAUCGGAGCACCCGAGCAGUACAGAGCUCUCUCGAUUUUAAGAUUAAAAUUGCUCAGGAAGUUGUACAUUUAAUUACAAAAUUAAACGAAAAUGAACUCUCCUUCUUCUUCAAUUGGAUCUUGUUCGUCGACAACUUCAAAGACGCUUUGCUUAAUUUGCGAUGAAUUGCCUGCAAUGUACACCAUCGCAGCGAACAAUAAUGCUGGGGAUGGAACAAAACCAUGUGGCCAUCAUUAUUGCGUGCAGUGUUUGAUUAAACACGUGAGUUCAUCAGCGAGCGGGGAUCAGUUCUCGCCCACCCAUCAACCUAGAUGUCCGUUUUGUGUGCGGGAUAUUUGUGGCUUCUUGCCGCUGGAUUCCGCCAAUUCCUCAUUGCAACUUGUUCGUCAAAAGGAUUUCGACGGUACCAUUGGAGAGAUUACAAAUCCGUACACGGAUGAGAAACUGAUGGGAACGGUUUAUCAAGACUUGACCUACUUGAGCAUCCUUCGCAUGGAAGAACAAAUCCCUCCAGUAAUCCCGUUCGAGAAAAUGUCCCCCGUUCAUGCGGAACCCAGCUGCCCACCUCAUCGAUAUACUUGGGUGGAAUGUGAUCUUCAUUUCCUGACUGUUCAGGGAAUUGUCAGACAUGAAGCACGAAAUCAUUAGCUGCCAUCGUUAUCAGCUGCGAACUUGGCUCUCCCUUUCCUAAUUAACCUUAUUAUCAGCUUUCAAAAUUUUAUUUCGAUUGGAUUUUUAAAUUAUUAUAUGUACUCGCUUUCAAAAUUAUAUUUCUAUUUGGCUUUUUAAACUUAUUCUAUUCGUGACUGUUCCAAAAUUCAAAAUUUUUAAUUCUUAUCCUUUGGUACCCAAUUAGGUUCGACUCAAAAAUAUUUUAAAUAGCUAAUCAUAAUUAUUAGUAUGUGCGCGUGGGUGGAAGUAGGGCGUUAGUUAUUAUAGUAGUUUUUAGUCAUAAUUUUAAGGCAAAGUAUUUAAGGGUAGGUUAGAAUUUUUGUGGGAAAAGGGUAGCUCACCGACUAUGCAUUUAAUCUUUUCGAUCCCCCUUAAUCUAUAAUUUUACCCCCAAUAAUUUCAAAGGUCCAUCCCGUUAAAUGCAUGGUUGGUGAGCACAGGGUGGGCCCUCCUCUUCUGAUUUAUACCCUUUUGCAGUAGAGGCCACAAACAAUGUGCAUCCAUUUUAUGAACCACAAAUUGAAUCCCACCCCUUUUUAGUUAAUGAAUUUAGUAUAGUUUAUAGUUUUUAACCUGGGCAAGUUCCAUCCCCAUUAGGUCCAGUUGUUCAUAAAAUGGAUGCACAAUGUACCACGCACAUGUUUAUUUAAUAUUUUUAUAGAAAUUUUUUGUACAAUAAAAUAUCAAUAUUCCAAUCAAUUUAUCAAACUCUCUAUCAAACUAUGUAAACUGGCGAACAAUUUUUUAUAAACUUGAACAUUUCAUCAAGCUUAUUAGCAAAUUAGUACUUCUGUGGUGGCGAAAUAUGAGUAGCCAACUCAUUUGUCGUCAACUGCUAGGCUGUUCGGGUCUUUGCUAAUUUUAUUUGUAUUAAGCUCUCAACUUUUGAAACUUUAUUGUGGAAUUAUGCCAUAUGGAGUUUCAUCGGAGUUAUCUUGUUAAUGAAUUUCUAAAACAAAUUAAAACACAUUAGUAACAUUUUAAAUUUGAACAAAAAUUCAUCCAUCUAAAAAACCUAAUAAUCUCCAAAUGUUGUCAUAGUAUGUUCAACCUUAAAAUUACAGCGACGAAUAAAUAUAGGUCAUGGAGAUUUCCUAAACACUUUCCAGUGCUACCGAUAUCAUUAUAAUUUUUUAUUAGGCGCCAUCCAUAAAUUAUGUCACGCAAAAAUCGCGAUUUUCAAGACCCACCCCCCAUCCUUUAACAUGUGUCACAUA